AUGAUUCCGCUGAAACUACCUGUUAAAGAAAAAGUUAUUGAUGGAUUCGUAAUCAAUCAAUCACUACCAAUAAAAAAUAAUAAAAGAGUGACUAGGAUUGCGAACGGUGAACAAUUUGACCAAUCCUACUAUCCUUAUGUGGUUGGAUUAAAAAUACAAAUUGUUAAUGAAGAAGCAUACUGUACCGGUACUUUGGUAUCACCAAUAUUCGUGUUAACAGCUGCUCAUUGUAUCGAGGGAGCAAAUUCCAUAGAGGUGUACGAAACCGAUCCGCGAAAUGAGAUUGGUGAAAAAAGAGAAGUCAUAAAAUUAUUUAAACAUUCAUUAUAUAAUGAUACAACUUUAGUUGCUGAUUUGUGUUUAUUAAAGAUAAGCGAACCAUUUAAAGACAUUACUAGUUACGCAAUUAUUGCCGGUAAUCCGGAGCUUUUUGCAAACGAAACCUCAUUGAAAUGUUUUAUAUUUGGUUGGGGUAAAAAUGAAGUCGGUUACCCAAAGCAUAGAGCAAAUGUAGCUUCUGUUUGGGUAAAGUAUGGACCUGAUGCUUGUAAAGUACCGCCAGACAAUCACUAUAUAAAAAAUAUUGUUAAAAGUACGUGGAAAAAUUUUUUGUGUCCAAUACCCAAUAACCGUAUGGCAUGUAUUGGAGAUAGCGGAGGUGCUUUAAUGUGCCAAGGAUUCCUAUUUGGUAUUACCAGUCACGGUUAUAACUAUUAUCCUGGAAUGGGCCAUUUAAAAACAGAAUGCGGCGAUACUCGUGUUCAGACUAGACAUAUAUUUAUCUACACUUAUCGGAACUGGAUUGAUGAUAUUAUUAUACAUGGAACAUCUAACAUAUUAAAGUUCGACUAUUUAAUGUUACUGUUUAAACAUGGUCCAUCUGGUUCACGAUUACAGGCCUAUAAACGAGCAGCUUGGUCUUCAAACAUGAGCUGUCAAAUGCACUGUCUUCAUUAA